AUGGCAGCGCCCUUUGUCCACCCACAACGAGCUGCCUUACUAGCAGAUGAGCCGCAAGCUGGCAGCGAUGCAACCGUGUCUACACGCCAAUACCGCAUCAACCGCGAACUAGUUGAUAUACUCCAACGUCCAGCAAAAGGCCCAACCUCAAUCCAAGGGAUCGGACUGUACACGCAUGCUGCAGCCCCAAGGUCAUCUGACAGCGGCAAUGACCAACCCUCGACACCCAGGUUUCUACCAAUCGGUCGUUCCAAAGCGGUGCCGCAGGAUGAGAGCGGAGAUGGGCCCCUGAUCAGCGAAGACGUCCGCAGGGUCUGGUACGAGCUCCGUGAGGCCAUUAACGAGGAAGAGGAGCAUUUUGGGCAAGCUGAUAUGAGCAUGGAACAACUGAAAGAGAGGUACGCUGCGCUGGAUGUACCUGAUGGGAGCAUGCCAAUAGCUCAAACUACACAUGCGCAACAGCAAAAACAACUACAAUAUGCUUUGGAGUAUAUGCGUCUUAAGAAAAGGGCGAUUGCGCAAUCUGGAGAUGCUGCUGUGGCCGGGACAAAUGCAGAUGGUGCAAGUGUGGCAGCAACCAGCACAAACCCAGCGCCAAGGGGAAAUGAGUACAAUGGAUCAAGAGAUCCACGGAGGAAUUGA